AAUGGCUCUAAGGUCUGCACGAGCCAUAAGUUAUUGCAUGGAUCAUCACAAUGCGCCUUGACGAGCGGCUUGAGCAGCACAAAGCAUCGGUACUGCCAUACCUAUUUUGCUCCGUGGUGCGGGUUAUGUUCAUGAGCAGCACAAUGGUUUUUUGCAGCCAAAUGAGCCAACAAUGCGGCUUCACUAGCUAUUCUUCAAGGAGGAAGCUUGAGUGCAGUUUGGUAUGCAACCAAGUACCUAGGCUUUCAUCGUAGUUGGGGCCCAUCAGCGAUUAACAGGAGCGGGUUUCACUGCAUGGGUUGCAUGCUAGAUGUUUGCUGCUCAGCUGUAUGGAAACGACAGAGCUGUUGAUGAGCUGCUGCCGCUGGCCCAGGCCCAUCGCAAGUCCA